UAUACAGGCACAAUGCCUGUCAUACUUGCAGCGACAGUAAUUAUUUUAGUAACUCUGAUAUACAUUCAUUUCACAAAACACAACGAUGAUUGGAUAGAGAAAAAUGUCCCGGGCCCAGAACCAACUUUCUUUUUUGGAAACGUAGAAGAUGCAGUGCUUAGAAGAAAACAUAUAGGCGUUAUAUUCAAGAAUAUAUAUGAAGCGUAUCCAGAUGAAAAGGUACUGGGGAUAUUUGUUUUGAGAAACCAGGAAUUGUUAGUAAGAGACCUUGAUGUUGUAAAGAAUGUAUUGAUAAAGGACUCGGAUGUUUUCAUCGAACGUGGUGUUGUAAUUGAAAAAAAUCUAGAAAGUGCUUUAUUACACAAUGACGAUACUUGGAAAGUGUUGUUUAGAGCAGAAAUGUGUCAAAAAAGUAUGCAUCUCUUAACUGAAAAAGCAAACAGAUUAGUGGACUAUGUAGAUGAAAUCACGCAGUCAAAUCAAGAACAAAAUGUUUAUAGUUUGGUUCAAAAAUGCACUCAAGCAAGUGUUGCCAGUGCUUUUGGUGUAAACCUUAAUACUUUUGACAAAGAAUGUGAUUUAGUUGCCAAACAACAUGAAUCAACCUUAAAUUUUGGUCGGGAGCUGGAGUUGAUGUAUCCAGGCAUUUUAAAUAGACUUCAAACCUUUUUUCUACCAACAAAGAACGGCUUAUUUUUGUUUGAAUUUGUCAAAAAAAGUAUUUUACAAACUGAAGUAAGAAAUAACAAAGACUUUAUGGGUUUAAUUACAACACAAAACAAAGAGGAGCUUAUAUCAGAGUUAAAUAAUAAAGGUACAGAUAUAACCGACGAAAUGAAAGCAACUCAGGGAUGUAACUUUUAUGCACUGGGCAAUGAAACAACUGCCUCUACUUUAAGUUUUCUACUGUACCAGCUUGCUCUGAAUCCAGACAUCCAAGAUAAAGUGGUAGCAGAAACAAAAGAAAUGCUAGAAAACCAUAAUGGAGAAAUCACUCUACAAGGGAUUUUAGAUCUGUCUUACAUGGGAAAAGUUUAUGAUGAGACUUUAAGAAUGUAUCCAGUAGUUCCUGAUUUAAAGAGAAAAUCUACCAAGGCUUAUAAGAUACCGGAUUAUAAAUUAUCAAUAGAAAAGGGUCAGUGCAUAAGGAUUUCGGUGCUUGGUAUCCAUCAUGAUGAGAAAAUCUAUCCGAAUCCUGAAGUUUUUGACCCUGAAAGAUUCUCCCCUGAAAAUGUUGCCAAAAGACAUGAGUGCUCAUAUUUACCCUUUGGACUUGGCCCUGGUCAUUGCAUCGCUAAAAGCUUCGCAGAGGUUAUUACGAAAGUGUGCCUACUGAAGCUUCUCACCCAGUUUCGAGUGGAACCUUCGAAGAAUACGCCUCCGCAAGUCGAGUACGACCCUACAAAAACUGUGCUGUGUCCAAAAAAUAGCAUUCUGAUUAAUUUCGUGAAGAGAGAACGUUCAGAUUCACUUAAUGACUUAUAAAAUGUAUGUUUCCACUAUAAUAAUAGUGUAUUUUUGGAGUUGGUAAGUACCAUCACGCAUUGCGAGUAUUAAUAGCGUCUGCCAAACUGGCAUGUGGAAGGAGGAAGUGGAAGAGGAAAGCCGAUGCAAAGGUGAAUGAUGGACUGCCUGAGAGAUGAUAUAAAGCUAAUGCAAGUGAAUAGAAUAGAAUAAAAAUCAUUUGUUCGUUACAAGUGA